GCAACCUCAUUUUUGGACUUGGUAUCUCCAUUGCUCGCCAUGGAUCUCGUUCAAACAGUGCGCAAGGAGGGGAGCAGGGGCGGUCGCGCCGACUUCAAGUGGGAAGAUGUCAAGGAGAGUGCUCACCGUGAGAACUACCUGGGCCAUUCGCUCAUGGCGCCUGUGGGACGCUGGCAGCAGGGCCGUGAUAUGAACUGGUACGCCAAAAACAAAGCCGACGAAGAAGCCCAGCGGGAGAAGACGCACGAAGAGAAACUACGCGAGGAGAAGGCCUACUUCAAGAGACUCGAGGAGGAAGCUAUGUAUGCUGCGAUGGGGCUCGCUCCCCCCGAUCGCGAUGCAACAGCUAAUCCGAACAUGGUCAAGCUAGGAUCGAAGGCUUCGAAACCGGGUCAGGCUGGUGAGGCGGAGGCAAAAGGUCGCAAGCACAAGUCAAGGAGAGAGGAUAAUGAUCGGCGUGAGCGACACAAGCGACACAGGUCAAGGAGCAGGUCUAGGGAUCACAAUUAUCGGCGUCGCGAUCGGUCCAGGUCUCGCGAGCGACGAAAGGAGAGGCACAGGUCAACGAGUCGCGAUCGCGGUUACGACCGUCGGCGAUACAGAAGCAGGUCCCCAUAUCACCGUCGUCAUCGGAGCAGUAUCUCAUCAGACCGCGGAUACGAGCGGAAGAGGAGCGAAUCCCCGUACCAAAGAUGCGACAGGAGUAGGUCCCCGUAUCGAAAGCAUGUUCGGAAAAGGAGCGACUCGCCUUUCCAAAGACGCGACAGCAGCAGGUCCCCGUAUCGAAAGCAUAUACGGGAGAGGAGCAAGUCCCCGUAUCGAAAGCAUAUACGGGAGAGGAGCGACUCGCCUUUCCAAAGACGGGACAGGAGCAGGUCCCCGUUUCGAAGAGAUACUCGGGAGAGGAGCGAGUCACCUUACGAACGACGGGAGAGGAAGCGGACCAAGUCGCCUUACGAGCGACGGGAGAGAAAGCGGACCGAGUCACCUUACCAAGGACGUGGAAGGAGGAGCACUUCCCCAUACCAAGCGCGAGGUACGAAAACUGAAUCUCCUGAUGAUACGAGAUAUAGGAAGAGGACAAGAUCUCCAAACCAAGGCAAGGAUGAAAGGAGUCCAUCUCCCUAUCAGCGGGCCGGCAGAAAGAGCGAGAACGUGCCUCAGAGGCGACGGAGUCCGUCACUUCUUGAUAAUUAGGGAGCCCUAGAUCACUUCAAAAGGACAGGAAGGCUACGAUAAUUAUGGCUUCAACUGCAACUCCCCCGCCAAAUCUUUAAUAUCGGCUGGAAACCGAAGCCAUCUGGUUGGAUGUUGUCAGGGAGUCACUGCAGGCUUGAAAGUGUUUUAUGGAGCGCGUUGUCUAUUGCUUGUCCCCUGUGCGAGAUGAUUUGCAUCUCCAUGAUCGGGAAAACCUUGCGCAGGAGUUGGUCUCCCCGACGGCGAGCGUGUUGGCUAUGAGCGCCGACAGACCAGUUGUUCUAUUGUGUUUGCGUCAACAUAAACCGGGAAACAUCUCUAGGAAAAGGGUCUCAGCGAUUAGUACAUUGCGCUCGCUGAGCGAUUCAUUGAGGCGGGGUGGG